UUCCGCGUUCGACUUCGACCUCGGCUCAAAAGAAAAUAAUUUUCGAUCGUGUUAAAUUGGCGCAAGACUCCUUGGUGUGAAAUUAAUAUUCUGUGUGUAAAACGGCAAGCAAAGGAAAACAAUGAUACCAAAUUUAUAACUGAUAAUAUUUAUUCAAUAGACUUGUUUAUUUAUUUAUCAUUGUGAUAUUUGUUUUUGUGAUAGCAUAAAUUACGAUCUGUUUUGUUGAAUUGUAAACAAUAAGUGUUUAAUCUUGUUUUAUUAAUUACACAAUGCACCCUCACGUGAUAACAAAGAUUUAUCGUAUUUUAAUUGUAGUGUUUAUAAGUUCGUCUGUCCAUGGACAAAAUAGAAAGAUAACUUCAAGUUUAAAUCCUGGCUGUGGUGAGUGCUCUAACUCCAGCACCCUGGUCUAUAUCAGAGCACUUGGAGCACAGGACACAAUUCACCAGAUAUGGGACUUUACUAAACAUUUACCAACAGUCAUCCUGGUAGUUGGGAGCAUCAACUCCUCACUAUCCAUACAGUGGGACAGAACUGUACCUACCAAUUUUGCAUGGUCAGAGCUACCUCUCUACAGUUUUGCUACUGUUAUUGAUAGUCUGUACGAGUAUGACGACUUGGAUGACAGCGGUUCGUUCGACCCACGGCGUCCAUACAAGGAGUAUCGCUUCACCAGGACCUCGUGGGCUCUGGAGGACAUUGUCCUGACAGACAAGGAGGUUAUGGUGCAGAUGCAUGGUCACAUUAACAAUGAUGGCCUUAAUGGUGUUGUGUUUAUUAAGUUUGACCUGUUUCCGUUCAAAGACUACGCGGCGGAGCUGCCUCAUCUGAUCCACACGGCCAACUCGACGCAGGUGGACGUGAGCCUCGAGCGCCUGGCCGUGUCGCGGGAAUACAAUGCCAGCCGGUUCGCCGUGCACCUCGUGCUGGCCAGCUCGGAGGACCCCGCCUCCACCCUUCACUACGUCAUGCGGAAGAGUCUGGACGAUGAACACACGCCCGGAGUGUUCGAGAUAAUAGAAAUUAAGACUCCGUCGUUGUUCGACGGUCAAGACGGAGGCUACUUGCAGUUCCGACCGAUUGGCUACACGGCCAGAGAGAGGAAUGUUGGCAGCUCCACUAUGGCUCAUGUCUCUAGUUUCAACAGGACAUCAUUACCACAGCGAAGUACUGUGGCGACAUUCUACAAGAAACAAAUGCUUUUGGUGCAAGAUAUGGUGGUGUCGUUCGGGGACUCCAGUGAUGGAUUCUAUCGUCAACACAACUACACCGCGUGGUCUUUCACGAUGGGCUACGGCACCCCGCCGGUGGAGAGUUUCUCUGUGUUUGUGGUGGCGGUGAUUACGGCCGGGCUCACAGUGCCUGCGCUGCUUGCCUUGUCCGGCGUGGCCGUGGUUCUGCGGCGGAGGUGGGCUCGAGACACCCUGCCCACACGACUCACCAACGAGGACUGACUGUUGUACAGGUUCACAGUCCUUGACACCUCGGACCACGAACUGUAAUAAUACUACGGAGGUGGGGUAAGCAGAUAUAUCUCUUAUGGGGAACAAUUGGACGUAAUUCCAGAAAAAACAUUCCAAACUACAACCAUGUCGAAAUUGAGAUAAGAACACAAAACUGGCUGACAAAAAAUGGCAGCCCUACUGUCACUCUUUAAAAUGACUUAGUAGCCCCACAUUUAUAAUUAUAUUUAUUAAACUUUAAACACGAAUUCCUUAAAAUGUGAUGUUUGUGGCUUGGAAAGUUUUUCAGGAAUUAUAUGUCCAAAAUAACAAUUACAUGCUAUAAUAAUAAAUUCCGCCUGGCAUACUCUUCCAGUGACAGCUGGGUCACAUGAUUGGCCCAAGAAUACGUCAUCAGUUGCUAUGACUGUUCUCAAACUAUUUUCGAGUGAAACAACGCUAUAGAGUUCCUAUAGAUGUGAGCGACACGACGAUAGCGAUAAAAUGGCGAGCUGUCAGUUUGACAUGUAUUAUAUUGUGACAUACUCUUGGGCCAUUGUGACAAGAGAAUACCAGGCGGAGUAUUGUACCAAUUCCCCCCAGAUUAUUGACUUUUGUUAUUGAUGCAAAGUGAUUUGUAUUACUAGUUAAGUAAAUACAUGAUGAUCCAUGGAUUGGUAAAAUAUUUGACAGUGUUUUGUGGGACGAUAUUGUUAUAUUAACGUUUAGAUUAUUUGUUGAUUGACUCUACUCGAUUAUUCUUUGAUAUUUCUUUUUGUGUAUAUUUUCUGUUUGGAGAACUGUAAGUAUGUUAGGUGUAAUACUAUAUAUUAUACAGUUAUUUAUAAUCAGUUAUAUUGUAAAGAUAUGUUAUUUAGUCGUAAAACAGCCAAAAAAGAUGUUUCACGCACCACAUUGACUCAUGAAGUUAUUUAGAAAGAAUGGUGUGAUUAAAACUAUGAGAAAAAAAGACAGCUAGCUUGUGACUGUCCUAAGUCUAAUAAGCAUUUUACUGAGUCAUAUCCACUGUGUUAUAACAUAUCUGCUCCAUUUCAAUGAUUAAUAUAAUUGUUGAUUAUUGUUAAAUUGUGCUUCAAUAUAUUUCCAGCUUUAAUAUACUAUUCAUAAAGUCCUCUUUCGCUUAGGCAUUUAGUUGUAAAAUAAUCUUAAUUUUUCAAAAACUAUUCCUAGUUGAGAGACAGUACGUACAGCUGCACUUAAAAGCAAAGAAAAUUUAAUAUUCUCUUCUUUCAAAGGGUUCUUGACAAUGUUUAAUUUUUUAAAUAAUAAGAAAAUACUAAUGUAGAUAAAAGUACAAAUGCCACAACAAUAAAAAAUAAUAUAAUACAAAAAUAUUAUAUUUUAAAUAUUGGACAAUUUAUAAAGUGAUUUUGAUUUUUUUUUCUUUGGCAACAUUAUUCUUGUGACGUUAAUAGAUUGUGACUCUAGUCUAUAUCUCUAUUGCCUACUCUAGAGUGUUAAAAAUAUAUAUUUAAAAUGUAAAACAAAUAUAAUAUAAUAAGCAUUCAAGUUAAGAAAAAAAAUGUGAAACUCCUUAAAUAAAUUAAGAUUAUUUUUAUCAUUUGAUUACUAUGUUUCUAACUAUAUAUUAUAUUAUUAGUGUAUUUUUCAUGUUAAAAUAAUUUUCAAUUCAUAUAUCUAUCUACCAAGCUGAAAAAUGUACAGGAAAAUAUGCUUAUUCUUUUUAAAUAAAUGUUGUAUUAUAACAAAUUAAACAUAUUAACGACCAAAAAAUUGUAUAUAAAAUGACGCGAUGAGUCAAUUUCAUAAAGAUCUGGUUUCAUAGCUUUGGAUUUACAUUAUUCACUUGUGAUGUGUGAUUUAAGUUAUUUAAAAUUAAUUAUAAUAUUUAUAAUGUUCCUAAAUUUGUAUUUCUUGUUAUAAAACUUAGCUUUAAAUAUUUAUAAAUGAUAUAAAACAUAUAAAACAACUUAUAUAAAAGCUGAAUGUGGCUAUUUCAUUGGCUUACAUUUCGAAUAUUUUCAGGUAGGUAGUCGUUCUACAUUAAUUGUUGCUCAAGACAGUACAGUGAAAAACUGUAUGUGGACUAUAUUGGUAUAAGAAGAAAUAAUUGUUUUAGUUUCUGUCAUAUUAUGUCUUGGAGCUAAGCACUAAGCCAAUAACAUGUUAGCUUUUAUCAGUGAACACGUGGAGAAUUGAUAAUCAGACAAAAACUGAUUUUAUUCAUUAUAAGUAAAACAAAAGUAUUUGCCGUGUUCAGUAAUUUGUAUUUUAGUCAAAAUUCAAUUAGAUGGUGAUUGUCUUCAUACUUAAAAUCAAUUAGGUACGUAAAAUUAAGAAUUUCCUAAACGAAAAUCCUGUAAAGAAGUAUGAUGAAUAUAUUACAUACUUUAGUAACAUAUUAACUCAUUUGUACUCAUCCAUUCGACUCUGGAAUGUAGAUUCAUAGUUAUUUUGUGAUAUUAAACCUUGUUAAAAUCGUGUACUUAGGUUAAAUAUGAUUUCUAUUGUAAUUUGUAUAUUAUUAGAUGAAUUUGUAUAUUUUUGUUGGUUUAAGUGAGUUAGUUAAAUAAAUAUUUAUCAUACCCGAAUAUCUCAAA